AGCAACAGAACAACAACAACAACGAGAGGCCACAAAACGCAGCAAUAGCAACAACAAUAGCAAUAACGGAUAAUAGACGACAAACACACAAAGCGCAAAGAGACCGAGACCGAGAACGAGAACGAGAGCGCGAGCAAUAGUGUGAGAAAGGGAGUAACAAAGACGUAGCAGCUGACUGAACAUAAUCAUAAAAGGAAUAACAACAACAAUAAAGAUGCACUCACUGCCGCUGCUAUUGCUGCUCAUCGCGCUGCCGGCGCUAGCGCUGACUGAGAACGCAACGCUGCCCGCUGUCGAUGCCGGUGUGCUGGGCAGUCCUAGCUUUAGUUCAAGCACAGCUGCACCGCCGCCGCCGCCUCUGUCCGCUGACUACGACAACUUUACCGUUAGCAGCAGUAGCAGCGAUGCCAGCGCUGAGCAGAGCAACAACAACAACAGCAGCAGCAGCAGCAGCAGCAACAACAACAACAACAACAGCAAUAGCAGCGCAGCGACAGCGAUUACGACAACAACAACAACAACUAGCAGCGCUGCAGCUACUUUGGCAGCCAUUGAGCAACAGCAGCAGCAAGAGACUACAUCCAGCGUCGGCGUCGCUGUUGCAGCGCUGCCGCCCACAAGCAAUGGUAAUGGCACAGCAGAGGCACCAGCGACGGUGACGGCGACUGCAGCAGCGCCGCCACAUGAGAUAAUUGGCUCGGCCACGCCCAAUAAGGGCGAACAGGAAGCCAUUUUACGUGCCUUGGACUGGCUAAAGGAGAAACGCGCCUCGGACUAUGGCUGGGGCAACGACACGCACGUCGUCAUCCUGGCCAAGGAGCUGUCCGGCGGUCGGGACCCCAACGAGAGCGCCGACGCCCAUUUGCUGGUGAUACAAGAGCUGGAGGACACGCUCUCCGUCAAGGAGAUGGAAAUCGAGAUCUUGGCCAUGCUCGAUCGCCAUCAUACGCUGCCCAAGCCGCUCAAUCUGGACAAGCUGGCCCGCUAUGUGCUGGCCCUCGGUUCGCUGUGCAAGGAUCCCAAGCAUUUCCAUGGCCACGAUCUGGUGGCCACGCUGCAGCAUCACGAGCCCGCCCAGGACAUCGAAUUCGCCUUGACCACCCUCUCCGCCUGCAGCUCGGCGGCGCACGUACGCAAGCGUCAGAUACGUCGCCUCCUGGACAUAGCCAGCGGCGUUACGGACCAGAGUGUCGAUGCCAUUGCAAUGGUGAUCCUGGCGCUGCGCUGCAUUGUGACCGAUCAUCGACACCGCCAUCUGCAGCACUUUGUGCGCCGCCCGGCCCGCGGCCUGGCCAGCCUGCAGGAUCAGCGCGGCAGCUUUGGCUCGCUGCGCAGCACGGCGCUGGCCAUGCAGGCUUUGCAGGAUCUGGAGUAUGAUCCGGCCGGGCACUGGAAUCGCACAGCUGCCUCAAGGUAUAUACUGAGCAGGCAGCGCGCUGAUGGCGGCUGGAGCGAGGAGCCGCUCCAGGAUGGCCAGGAGCCGGACAUUGGCGUCGGCCUCACCGCCGACAUCAUUCUAGCCCUCGGCUGGAAGGGACUGGGCGCAGUGCGCGCCCUCCAAUGCGACCAUGUCAUACGAGAGAGCAACGAUCCCACAGAGAAUGGUGAGCCGAAGCUGGCGUUGCCCUUCGGACUUAGCUCCUCGGCCGAGGAGUCGGACUCCAAGAACAUCUCGUACACCUACACCCUGUGGGUGGGCUCCAAUGUGACCGAGGCCUUCUCCCUCUCGCUCGUCUCGCCAAAGAACACGAGCUUCUUCAAGGCCAUGACACAAGCAGCCGAACUGGAUCCAAGAUUCGUUUUCGAGGCGCGCGAGUGGCCCAAUGGACACUAUGUACACACGCUCUAUGGCAAGAACGAGGAGCCGCGAGGAUAUCACUAUUGGCUGCUCUACAGAUUGCCCGAGCUACCCGAUCCAAAUAAUACGCCUGGGAAUCAGCUUAUUGCGCCUGUUGGUGUCGAUGAGCUAAUGGUCGAGGAUGGCGAGCAUUAUCUCUAUUGGUAUAAGAAACUUUAAGCACGUGACACGAUUUGCCGGCCUUAGUCCCUAAAAACUAAAGAUAAGCCACUAACUAGCAGGAUACUCCAAGGAUAUAACUACAACAACAACAACAACUAUAAC